GUGUGUGUCUGUGUGUGUGUGGAAGAUCCUGGUGGCCUGGCUUUUCUUGUGACUCAGUUUGGCCAACUAACUAGCAAAUCCUGCAAUUUCUAGAAAUUAUAUUUGGUCCUUAUAUUCAAACAUGAUUGGUUACUAAAUCAUGAACCAGAAGAGCCAGACUUGCAGCACUAGGGUCAUCAUUUGAGACUCCCAGCCUGAAUCGUUGUCCCAGUCUGACCCUAUAAAGAGAGCGCAGUCUGAGAAAGAAGGUGGUAGAGAGAUGUCUCGGGUUUUAAGUACUCUUCUGUCGAUCCGCGAGAACGGCCUCAUCUUUAACCUGCUCGGCUCUGACUGCAGCGCGUCAGCUUGUGCAGUGGUGCAGUUGUACCUGGCGAAUACAGCUUGUAAAGGAAAAAAGUCAGAAUGGCAGAUUCACAGUUGUGGAGUGGUGUGUCUGGUGCAGGAUAAAAAAUUACAUUCAACAUUUAUACGGCUCUUCUGUGUGAAGAAGGCCAAGCUGCUCUGGGAACAGGAGCUGUAUACACCUUUCACAUAUUCAACGCCCCGCCCCUUUUUCCACACUUUCCCCAGUGACGAAUGUUGGGCGGGGCUGAACUUUUCUGAUGAGGACGAGGCAAGCCGGUUCCACACAGCUGUACAGAACUGCAUCAGCGGUACUAAAGCGCGUCCUAUGUUUGUGCGGACUCACAGUCUGGACUCGGCCUCCGGAUGGCUGCUGAGGAACAAACUGAACUCAUGUCUGUCUCUCAGCCGGUCUGCGUCCCCCAAAGCUCCACCGUCUGCCGAGUCAGAGGUGACCAAUACUCUUUCUCUGGCGCAGAGGAAAGGACCCCUGCCACCCAUCCCUUCUAACAGAGACGCAGCCACGUCUAUUCCUCCUCACCAUGAUAAUCUUAAACAGAGGCAUUCUAUUCCACUCCCUCCAUCCUACCCAGCCCCCAAGCUGAACAUUAAUCCAACAACAGUGAAGAAAAGUGCUAGCUUUUCACCGGGAGGAAAUUAUUCUUUUACCGUCGAGAAGCAGCAAAGAAGAUCGCAUUUUACUGAUGACAUAUGAGCAGAAGCUUACAAAGAAGAUGAUGCACAGCAUUUUCUCUUUUUUGCUGCUGAAAAUUUACAAUAAAGCACUUUUUAAUAGGUGGCCAGAUUUGGCCCUGCAUUUAUCUACUUUUUUUUUUGUUUUAAAUUGUAAUUUCGUUUCUGUACUCCAUUAUGUGUUGAAAUUUUAAUGAAAAUUCUUUCUUUUGUUGAGAAAUCUAUCUCUGUGGCUUUAUCUGAAGCUGUACCUGCACUUUUCCUUCAUAACAUAUCAAAAACUUCAGAUAAUAUCACACCUUGGUCUCUGAAAACAUGGCUAAAUAUUAAAAAAAACAAAAAAAACUGCAGUGUAUUACAUUCGUGAUGCAAAACCUGAUUUUUACAGUCAGAUUGUGUUUUGUUUUUGAUGUUAAUGUUAAUGCAGAUGUACAUAAUAUUUGUUUUUGCUUUUCUCUCUUUCUUUUAGUAUUUUUUUAAUUAAAAUUUUUCUUCUGCUUUUCAAUUUUUUUUCCCCUCUUUUAGGAGUGACUUUAAUAAUCCAAGGUAAAUAAGUAAUAUAAAAGCAAAAAGGUACUUCUUUACAGAGACAUCUGAACUCAGCAAGCGUUUUAUUCCUUAUAUAUACAGUAUAUACAGUCACACAUCCUCAGUUCGGAGCUAUGUUCUUGGUUUAUGUUGUCCACCAUGCAGGGUGAAAGGUCAUUUAUCUAAUAGUCCUGGUCUCUAAACUGUUCUUUAAAGCUCAGCUCUUCACUCAAUAACAUCAUCCCAUCUCUCUGUCUGUUAGCUGUACUUAAAGACUUGUUCUUCUUGUCUUGUUCUUAUGCAGUAUUUGGAAGUAAAGGAUUAAAAAACAAACCCAAAGGCCAGCAAGUGUUGACCACUGAACAGCAUAUAUGCUCCAUUAGCAUUGGGGGCAGUUGUGGUCUAAUGGUUAGAGAGUUAGCCUUGCAACCCGAAGAUCAUGGGUUCGAGUCUCGGGUCUGGCAGGGGUUGAAGGUGGAGGAAAUGUGGAAAUGGAGGAAAUGGUGUGCUCCGAGACCCUCUAUGGGUCUGGAAUAUUUAUUCAAAUCAUUUUUAAUAUUCAGCAUGCCUGUACAUAAAGAGUCAUUUGUACAUUUCCCAACCAUAUAGUCCCGAGAAUGUACAAAAGGAAGAAGGUGAUGAUGUAUGAGGAAUAUCCAUAAAAUUAACACAGCAUAAAGAAAUACAGAGAAAUGAUAAAGAAAUAUGAUCAGUGUUUUCAAGAUUUUUUGCUAUGAUGCUUGUCCUUUGUAUUUAUUCUCAUUUAUAGCCUGAUGUUGUAUACGUUGUAUUGUAUAUGUUGUUUACACACUGUGAAUAUGGUGAAGUUUAUUUAACAUUUAUGGAAGGAGUCUCCAGUUUCAGUGCUUUGUGAAGGUCAGAGGUAAAGCUGUAACUUUCCCACAUUUUCAGGAUAAAAAGUACACUUCCUGGUUUCUCAUUACAGUGACAACGAGUUUUUUUUUUGUCUUAUUAUCUUCACAACAAAAGCAAGAGGCUGGUGAGGGAAUGACAGUUUAUAGCUAUAAUUAGCUAUAAUUUGUUUCCUGGAUGUUGCACAACUUUAAAUGUAACUAUAAUGGGAUAAAUGUAUAGCAUGUAGAUU